CAAUAAGAUAUUACUUGGGUGUAUUCUCUUCUUCGCCUGGGUGGCGGCCACCGUCCCGGCUCUGACUAGAGCCGACUCCAAUGACACGGUGUGGGAGGAGCGCGCCACCCAAGCGAGGAUUAGUAUCCUCAAAGCCUAUCACCCUAACCCUCAUCAUGUUACCAGAGAAUUCAAUGAAAAAAUCAGCUUGUACGUUCACUCGAUCGACUUAUUACUUUCUCAAUUAUAUAUGCAUGCUAACUAAAGAUCGAUCUCAUGCAUGAUCCAGCGGGCGGUAUCAUUCUGACUCUCCCAAAUGGAACCGAGUAGCAUUUUUUUGAUAUUAUGUUUUGACAUGCAUGGCAGAGCGUUGAACGAGACACUGGGAGAAGUGCUGCAGGGCGAUAACGGGACGAGAAGGGAGCUAAGAAAGAGAGGGAACUGGGGGCCUUGCAUGGCCACCAACCCGAUCGACAGGUGUUGGAGAUGCGACCGUAACUGGGCCGCCAACCGCAAGAGGUUGGCCGAUUGCGCCAUGGGCUUUGCUAAAGGAACCACGGGCGGCGGCAAGGAUGGAAAGUUUUACGUCGUCACCGAUUCCUCCGACAACAACGUCGUAGACCCUAAGCCAGGCACCCUCCGUCACGCCGUCAUUCAGAAGAAGCCCCUUUGGAUCAUCUUCGCUCGCAGCAUGACCAUUAAGCUCUCUAGAGAGCUCAUUAUCCAGAGCCACAAAACCAUCGACGGUCGCGGUGUCUCUGUCUGCAUUGCCGGUGGUGCAGGAAUAACGAUCCAAUUCGUGAAGAACGUGAUCAUUCACAACUUGAAGAUAGGCGACAUCGUGCCGACUGGCGGAGGCUGGCUCAGGGACUCCACCGACCACAAAGGGAUCAGGACCGACGACGAGGGCGAUGGGAUAACAAUUUUUGGGUCCCACCACGUGUGGAUCGACCACGUGUCCAUGUACAACUGCGCUGAUGGAAUCAUCGACGCCGUUGCGGGGUCCACAGCCGUCACCAUCUCCAACAGCCACUUCACCGACCACGACAAGGUGUUGCUCUUCGGGGCCAACAACUGGGACCCCAUCGACAAGGUGAUGCAAAUAACGGUGGCGUUCAACCACUUCGGGAAGAGGCUCCACCAGAGAAUGCCGCGUUGCAGGUGGGGCCUCUUCCACAUAGUCAACAACGACUACACCCAUUGGGUGAUGUACGCGGUCGGUGGGUCCGCGGGAGCCACCAUCGUCAGCCAGGGAAACCGUUACAUUGCCCAACCCGGGGUGAACCCCUUCAAGGAGGUGACCCACAGGGAUUGUCCGGACGGUUCGUGGAAGUCAUGGACAUGGGUGUCCGCCGGCGACGUCUUCAUGAACGGCGCUUUUUUCCGGCAGUCGGGAGACCUCGGCGGGGCGGAAAAGUACGGCCACCGCGACUUGGUGAAUGCCUUGUCGGGAAACUCCGUCGGUUUGAUCACAAAGUUUGCCGGUCAUCUUUUUUGCUCGCCUAAAAAGCCCUGCUAAUUAUUUUAUUUAUCACUAAAACUACGGACUACUAUUAUAUUUUUAUUUUAGUAAAAUUUGCACUAAAUAGGACUAAAACAUAAUGACUUUCCCAAUAUAGGACUUAAACUUUUUUAUUCCCUAAAUAGGACUUAAUAAUGACCUAGUGGGAGG